GGUCUCUCUCCGCGUUCGUUUCUUUUCCGUUCCGAGUCUCGAAGAAGUGGGGAGGAGCAGCGAGGCGGCGGCGGCGGCAAAGGCGAGAGCGGAGGAGAGACGGGUUUGCGCUGUCGGGGCUCCUUUUGGCGGCGCGACGCUGGCUUGCGAUCCACGUUUCGUCUCGGUACUUGGAAGCAUUCUUCGCGUUCUUUUCUCGCGGAUUGUCGGCCCCCGCCGCCUCCAUUCUCUUGCCCCGUCUUGCGCCGUAUUGGUGUAUGGUUUUGGAGGGAGGUGGGAUUUUGGGAACUGGGGCUGGAGUUUUUGUGGCAUUUCGGAGCUUUUUGGCGUGGAUGCUAUCAUAGGGACCUGCGGAAGGGCUGCAGAAGAGCUAGGGUUUGGGGUUUUGAUUCCCUGAAGGGUGGGGCGGAGGUGGUUUCCCCUUGUUCUCUAUUUGAUUUUGGACAUCGAAUUGUGGCGGUGGCAAUCUGGUGGAAGCUAGGGUUUUGUUGCAGAGAUCUCAGGGCAGUUCUCAAUCUGCUCAAGCUACGCAAUAUUGGGCAUCAGAUAUUCUUGUGACUUCCAGAAUAAAUUUUAUCUUGAAUUCUCUUCUCUUUAUUGUAGGUGGGCUUAAAACUGUGGGGUUUUGGAGUUGUGGUACGCGAUACCACCUAAUUAAUUACUGUACUUGAAUGUGUGAAAUGUUAUCGCUAUCCGAAAUCUGAAUACGUUGCUAUCAAGAAUCACGUACUUAAAUAAGUUUUCCACUUAAGUUGCUGUACCGAGGUUAUCUUGUUGGUCUCUGAGAAUUGGUUCUGUGACAAGAGUACAAUUGUGAGUUUGAUCCAUUAUAUCCGUCUGCAGUGCUGAAGGAGAACUCUUGGAAUAUAUUUAUAUGCAGUGAUGGGGAAAGCACAAAAGCUCUCAAAGGGACCUGGUUUUGUUCCAGGCUACCAGCAUGUAGUGGAGACUACGGCUGAGUCAGAAGGGUUUGGGAGCUGUGGUCGUGCUGACUCAGAGGACUCUUCUGCUCCUAAGAGGAAGUGCAUAAGCUUGAAUGUGGACAGGUGUGGCAAAUUUGAUGUCCCGUUUGAACUGUUUUCACUUUCGAAGAUGUCCAAGUGUGAGAAGGAGGAGUUGGAGACGAGAUUUAAGAGAGACCUUGAUCAGGUCCGAAUGUUUCAGAAGAAAAUGUUUUCUAGGAUUACAACAAGUGCCGAUGGGGUUGCUUUAUCAUCUUCCAGUGAUGGGUAUGUAAAGAAACAAUAUGCCAUGGGCCAGAAUGGUUCCAAUUUUAAGUGCAUGAACAAUGGAAAUCUUGAGAUGUCAAAGAGGGCACCGGAUCCAGAUAGACUUGGUAAUUCAUAUUCUUUGUUGAUGAAACAGUGUGAAACUCUUCUAAAGCGCUUGAUGAACCAUCAAUAUGGAUGGGUGUUCAACACUCCUGUUGAUCCAGUGAAGUUGAAUAUCCCAGAUUACUUCCAAGUUAUUAAAUAUCCAAUGGAUUUUGGAACCAUCAAGACUAGGAUACAACUAGGCAGAUACUCUAACCCAUGCGAUUUUGUUUCAGAUGUGAGGCUGACAUUUACAAAUGCAAAGACAUAUAAUCCACCUAAGAAUGAUGUACACAUUAUGGCAGAUGCUAUGAGUAAGUUCUUUGAAACAAGAUGGAAACCUAUUGAAAAGAAAUUGGUUGCUGCAAAUGCUGCUGUCAAAAGAGAAGCUGAAACUCCAAAGCCAAUUUUGCAACCAAACAAGAGGAAAACACCUUCUUUUAACCAUGAUAUCAUUUUACCAGAGGUUGUGAGGUCGAAAAUGACAGUUGAGGAGAAAGAGAGCCUAAGUAGGCGCCUGGAAUCUCUAGGAGACAUGCCUGAACAUGUAAUUGAUUUCUUAAGAAGGAACAUUGCGGCAAGCCAAACUAGUGCAGAUGAGGUAGAGAUUGAUCUUCAUGCAAUGAGCGAUGAUCUACUGUUUGAAUUAAGGAAGCUUUUGGAUGAUUAUAUGGUUAGGGAACGGUUAAAGGAUCAAACGAAAUCAGAGCCUUGUGAAAUUGAGAUUAUAAACGAAUCAGGGCUUAGCAAUUCAUCAAUGCAUCCUUGCAAAGGCAAUGAACCAAUUGAGGAGGAUGUUGAUAUUGUUGGCAAUGAUCCGCCUGUUUCUAGAUACCCUCCUGUGGUGAUAGAAAAAGAUACUAUGCUAAGAAGUGGAAAGCGUUGUCGUUCAAGUAGCUCAAGUAGUGAUUCUGGUUCAUCAUCUAGCGAUUCAGAUUCUGGUAGUUCCUCAGAAAGCGAGUCAGACGUUAAAGUUGCUAGUCCCAUGAAGGAUAUGAAGAAAAAUAUGCUAGCUGGUCAAGCUUUGGAUCAAGAAAGAAGUGAUUUAUCAAAUCCACAUGAUGAAAACAGAACUUCAGAUGAGACAAAUCAAGAAGAACAUGUUGCUCAGCCAAAAUCUGAAUCUGUUGAUAUAGAACGAAACAGGGAGGACCUUUUACGUGAUAAUGCUCCAUCUGAAAGGCGCUUCUCUCCUGAAAAGCUCUAUCGAGCAGCUCUACUGAGAAGUCGCUUUGCUGACACAAUUCUCAAAGCUCGUGAGAAGACUCUAGAUCAGGGUGAAAAGAGAGAUCCAGAGAAGCUUCGACGUGAGAGGGAGACCCUUGAGAGGCGGAAAAGAGAAGAGAAAGCUAGGCUGCAAGCAGAAGCUAAAGCUGCUGAAGAGGCUCAACGUCUAGCUGAAGCAGAAGCUGCAGCAGAAGCUAAGCGCAAAAGGGAACUUGAAAGGGAAGCAGCACGUCAAGCCUUGUUACAGAUGGAGAAAACUGUGGAGAUCAAUGAAAGCACCCUUUUUCUAAAAGAUCUGGACAUGCUUAGAACUGUUCCAGGUGAACACUUACCUAAUUCAGUUGGUGAGACGAGCCCAGAUCACUCGCCAGAGGGCAUCAGUGGUUUUGAACUUGGCGGAAGCAACCCUUUGGAGCAGCUUGGUUUGUAUAUGAAGGUUGAGGUUGAUGAUGAUGAGGAUGAAGAUGUUGAGCCAAAUGGUGCUACCGCUAAUGAUGCCGAGGAAGGAGAAAUUGAUUGAUGGUUUUCUACUCUGGUUACUCUGCUAUACCAAUCCACUAACAUAUUGGAGUUAGUUUUGCUAUCGCAGUGACACAAUGGUGAAUUUGGUGUGUGCUCAUCUGAAUGUGAUGCCUUCAGUUUCUUCAGGUAUGAAGAUUGAGCAAUAUGAAGAUCGUGAAUGUUGUAUGAAGAAUAUGGUACAGAGUGAUUAUAGAUAGCCCUUCUUUUGAGUUACCGCUUGUGAUGGAGUGGUACCUCCAGGAUAAUGGACAAGACUGUCACUGGUGAUGGUUUGGGCAAUAUGGAAAUCAUCACUAGCCAUAACUUCAUUUGUUGGUGAAGAUGACAUUUUGACAGGAAAAGAAGGAUUUGCUAUUGCAUGCAUCAUAUGAAAUUAGUUUGAAGCUAGGUGGGGUUUGUAGAUCUUUGUUCGAUAUUACAAUUUUGCUUGUCCCCCCCAAAACUGUACAAAGACAAAUCAAAUAGUCAGAAAAAAAAAAGAACUUUUUCAAAAAAUAUUCAUUCUAUUCAAGAUAUACUUUGUGGGAUUCUCUGUCGGACCACAUACUUCAAUCAAAGGCCUUUUUAUAUAUGUUU